AGCCUUCAGCGUUCACGUUAUACCGGUAUACCGUGCAUGCAUCUUAUCUUCCUUUGUUAUAAUUUGAGAUAGCAUAAUUUAUCUCUGUGUAUUGUCUCAGUAUUUUCCUAUUAGUAUUACCUUCCAACGCUUGUGUAUAGGAUAGAUGUUGACAGCAAUACACGGUGGUAUUUUGUAGCCGCCGAUUGCAAAUAGGAAGGCGGUGGACAUCCUCCUGGAAACAAUUUCUUUCCAGUAUUUGUGUCUUGGGCUGGAAUAUGCUGAAAAGGCUGGUGUAACUUCGCUGCUGGUUGUUGGUGCACGCGGCGCGUUGUUAUCUGUGCGGACGCGGCCAUCGGUACACGUCUGAAGUGACACAAUGGCGGGGCCACGGCGUAUGCGCGUGCUGAUCUUCCUGGCGGCCAUUGUGUGGAUCUUGGUGAUGUUCUAUGGACUGCUGAGCAGUGGGUCAAGUAGUAGUAGUGGUGGCUCUGCGCACAAUUCCGACCGGGACGUGGCCGAGGCCAGCGUCCAUAAAGUACACGAGAGGGACACGGACGGCCGCUCGAUCGCGCUCUUCGACGAGGAGGGCUACAUCGCCGCCACCCGCGUUCAGCCGGGCGGCGACGCGUACCGCGCCAACGCGUUCAACCAGGAGGCGAGCGACAAGCUGGGCAGCUACCGCAACGUGCCGGACACGCGCCACCCUCUGUGCCGCGGCCGCAAGUCCGAAUACAGCCAGGCGUUGCAGCCCACGUCCGUCAUCUUCACGUUCCACAACGAGGCGCGCAGCGCCAUCCUGCGCAGCAUCGUCACGGUGCUGCGGCGCUCGCCUGCCCACCUGAUCAAGGAGGUGAUCCUGGUGGACGACUUCAGCGACAAUCCGGCCGACGCCACCCUGCUGGCCAAGCUGCCCAAGGUGAUCGUGCUGCGCAACGACCAGCGCGAGGGCCUGAUCCGCUCGCGCCUGAAGGGCGCCGCGCGGGCUACGGCGCCAGUGCUGACCUUCCUGGACAGCCACGUCGAGCCCAACCUGCUCUGGCUGGAGCCGCUGCUGCAGCGCGUGCACGAGUGCCACUCGUGCGUGGUCAGCCCGAUCAUCGACGUCAUCAGCAUGGACACGUUUGAGUACAUCGGCGCGUCGGCAGAUCUCCAGGGUGGAUUCGACUGGAGCAUGCGCUUCAAGUGGGACCCGCUGACGCAGCAGCAGAAGACAUCGCGCAAGACGCCGAUCGACUCGAUCGCCACGCCGAUGAUCGCCGGCGGCCUGUUCACCACCAACCGUGACUGGUUCUACAAGAGCGGCAGCUACGAUGGCAACAUGGACAUCUGGGGCGGCGAGAACUUCGAGAUCAGCUUCCGCACGUGGCAGUGCGGCGGCCGUCUCGAGAUCAUCCCCUGCUCGCGCGUGGGCCACGUGUUCCGCAAGCGCCACCCGUACUCCUUUCCCAAGGGCAACGGCGUCACGUACAUGAAGAACACGCGGCGCGCGGCUGAGGUCUGGAUGGACAAGUACAAGCGCUUCUACUACGCCGCACGGCCUGGCGCCCGCAACACGCCCGUCGGCAGCCUUAAGGAGCGCCGGCAGCUGCGCAAGACCCUGAACUGCAAGUCGUUUGGCUGGUACCUGGAGACGGUGUACCCGAGCCUGGAGAUCCCGGACAGCUCGGACGUGUCGUUCGGCCAGCUGCGUCAAGGCACGCAGUGUCUGGACACGCUGGGUCACACGGCCGCGCAGGGCCUGGGCUUGUAUCAGUGUCACACGUCCGGCGGCAAUCAGGAGUUUGCGCUGACGCGGCAGCACCAGAUCCGCAACCAUGACAUGUGCCUGGCGGUGAACGCGCGCACGGCCGGCACCGCGGUGGUGCUGGAGGGCUGCCAGGGCGGCCAGAGUCCGGACACGGGCACGUGGGUGCAUCGCGACGACAAGACGCUGCAGCACGGCGGCACACAGCUCUGUAUGGACUCGCGCGACAACACCAUCACGAUGGAGCGCUGCGACAGCCAGCAGUACACGCAACGCUGGGAGUUCACCGUUAAUCUCGACAGCAAGGAAGAGGACAAGGACGAUGAAGCGUGAUUGUCAUCGUUCGCGGCUGAUGCGUUGGUUGGUCAGCUCUGCGGACCAUAUGGUUGUUGACUGCUGUAGCGCCAGGAGUUCGGCUUCACCUUUAGGUGUGUUUUAGUGACCGCUGGCCUUUUGUGCCACCUGCACUCGUCACUCACAUCUUGAGAGGAGCAUCGCACAUACACGUUGGCCUUGUGUGUGUUUGUGUGUGUGCGUGCGCGUGCGUGCGUGUGUGCGUGCGAUCUCGGACGGCCCAAGCUUCUUACCCGCCUGAGACUUAUCGGUAGCGACACCGUGGACAGCUCCAACAAAUGUCACCACUUAUACUGCUGCAUCGCUCUGAGCCAUCCCUCUCUAGGCGAUAGAAGGGAGCCAGUUUGUUGAGUGGCAUGGUGGCAGAGCUGCAUGAGGAAAGCAGACUGACUGGAAGUCCAAGUACUAUCAAAUUUUGUUUUCGAUAUAAAGUGUGUGUUGUUGCCCGAUAUUGCUGGUUGAAUUUCUGUACAUACGCGCUACAUUAGCUGGACCUCUUACCCAGACCCGUGCGCUGAUUGUACGGGCCCCUGCGCUACCGCUGGUCCGAACCUGAUUGUGCGCUGUCGUGUGUUCGCUGCGGCGCACACACGCAGUACUGCUUGCCAUUUCUGUCUGCCCGUGCGAUUAGUUAGCUCUGCACCUUUCUGCACCUUGCUCAGAAAGCCUUUCAUGUGUAUACAUAAUUAACAAUAAUAGAAAAGCUGACAGGAUCGCUUUUCUAAAUUAUGUGUAUGAGCUUCAGAUUUCCCAAAUGUGGGCUGUAUUUCACUGAGUAAUUAGCUCGCCGCCUAUUACUUGGCUUUUGUACAUGAUUUUUAUGGUAAGGUAGGUUUAACUUACACUCCGCACUAUUCUGAACACUAAAUUGUAUUUUGAAUUAUGGCGGUUAAAUAGAUUCCAGACCCGUGCCAACACCGUUGCUGUUCUGUGAACUGAACAAACGCUUGCGAUGA